AUGGGCGCUGGGCAGAAGCCAUUGCUGUGGGAGCACCGGAAGGGCAAUGCAAGUUCCUCCUUGGUUCCGCACACGAAUCCUCCAGGGUCGAGGCCAAGGUACAUCUCUACUUUAACUCUACUUCUCGUGUGUCUCUGUGUGCAUUUGCCAGUUCAGUUGGAUGCUCUGCUUCACUCCACUCAAAGCUUGAAGACGUACGGUCUCCAUGCAUGCCAAGCCAUCUUCUGCGACUGGGACUGGUGCUUGAUCUGUGGUGACGCCAACGCCUCAUCCUCGUCGUCGUCGACGCCUCAUCUUCGUCAUCAACCUUGGUCCAGACUCCAAAAGGCUGCUCCGAUGGCUCGGAAAGAACCUGAUCUCCGGUGGAACGAAGUAGGGUCUAUCAACUGCUAUGCCCUGUUCAUGGCCUACCUGUUGAUGGCUGUUAGGGGGCUGGGCUACCUUGUCAUUACCUGGUCCACCGAGAGGUGAUUUUUAGGACCAUGGUUCACCCGAACCUAUGGUCCACGCCAUAGGAUGUACCACCCCCACAUGUGGAUCUGUGUCCUGUUUUGAAUUCAAAAUUCCGUGUAAAGGUCUAACUCGCCAAAGCCCAUGGUUAACCCUGGUGCUAAUAAGGAGCCCCUAGGCCUGCGCGGGAAGUAGUUUUUUUCAUGGGCUGGCACGUGUCUCUAGGAGCAUAAUUUGUACAUAUAAAAAAAGAAUAAUUCAC